AUGAAGGGCCUAUCAUCUGGCUACGGAAUGUCUCAUCCCAACAUUGCAGUCAUAAAGUAUUGGGGAAAGGUAGAUGAAAUAAAGAACAUUCCCUCUAAUCCAUCUAUAUCCUUCCCUCUGACAAACUUCCUGACAGAGACUGUUGUUGAGCACUCUAUGGAAGACACCUUCUACCUAAACGGUGAAAUGCUUGCCAUUGGAGAAAGAAUGAACCGUGUUGUGAAGAUAUUCAGAGACAAAUCGGGUGACAGAAGACCGAUCUGCAUCAAAUCGUUUAACAACUUUGCCCAUUCGUGCGGGCUUGCAUCUUCGGCGUCUGGGUUUGCUGCAUUGACAUUGGCUCUGAACGACUUCUACAGUCUUGAGAUGCAAAAAGAAGAGCUAUGCACGAUUGCAAGAAUUGGUUCGGGAAGCGCUGGAAGAAGUAUAUCCCCAGAAAUUUGCCUGUUCAAUGGCGUUGCCGUCGAAAGGCUACCUCCCUGGCCCGAAAUAAGGAUUCUCUCCAUUAUCUUGUCGGAAGAUUGUAAGAAAGUAGGGAGUACAAAAGGAAUGAUAAGAACAGCAGACACAAGUAAUUUUUAUCGAGACAGGCUGCCCAGGAUGGAAGAAAGGGCAAACGCAAUGGCCCAAUACAUCUCUCAGAAGGAUUUCAGUGCGUUUGCUUACCUCACAAUGAGGGAGUCCAACGAACUCCAUGGCAUCCUCAUGGAGACGUAUCCUCCAAUCAGAUAUAUAAGAGAUGACGGAUUCCAAAUCAUUGAGAUGUGCCAUGAGUUCAACAGGGACGGCAUGAGGGUUGCAUACACCUUCGAUGCAGGCCCAAAUCCAUUUCUAAUAACCCUGCAGGAACAUCUUGAUGAAGUAAAGAACUUCUUCAGGUCCUACAAGCUGAUUCCUUGCAACUACUGA